UUCUGCUUUGUAUACAACCAUGACAGAAAAUACAUUAGCGCAAGUGUGAGUGCAUUGUUAAUAUGUAUCAGUUACAGUGUAUCAAAAUUGAUAAAUGGAGCUUUGACCUACUAUAAAGAACCGGAAAAUCUUCUGGUAUUCAUAUUAAAUACCGGUUAACUGUUAAUAUGUUAAUUCAGUUUCUACUGCUCGUAACGUUCGACUGUAGAGAAGAGAUGUUUAAGUUACUGGGCAAAAGUGUGUUGUAAUUAAUGCAUUAGUGUGUUUUGCUUCCCACCCAUUCACUAAAAACAUUUAUUGCAUCUAGUCUAAACAUUUGAAACUUGAAAUAGAAGGUGAAAGGUGAAAUAAAUCCUUUCAUUUUACAACUUAAACUACACGUUUAAUUGAGUGCCGAAUUUUCGUGUUUCAAUUGAACACUGAAAUUUAUUCAUGACACACCUUUUUGCAAUCGUUAUUUUAUCAAUUUACUAAUAAUUAGUGCACAAUUUAUUCUAACAUGUGCUAUUCCUUAAAAUUCCAACCCGUUGUUAAAUUUUACUCUAAUAACUAAGUGAUAAAUUUUUUUCAUUCAUCACAUACCUGAACUGUAUUGAUUUUUUUCCAAACACAUACUCUUGAGAUUUAACUUCCCAAAAAAAACAAAAGUGAAGAAAAUGGAUAAUUCCGGAUCAGAUGGGACUGGUUUUCCCAAUAAUAGUAAUCGUGGAAUAGGUCGUGGACGUGGACGUGGCUCAGGUGGAAAACUCGAGAAUAAACCUCUCAGAAGACCACAAGAUGCUACGGCACAACCUCCAGCAACAGAGAGUGCAGUCAACGCCGAAGUUGUGAAAAACUCCAAACUUUCCGCCUCUGCUAAGGAAUUCGUUCCUCAGAGUUAUAAUUCAGGCAAUCAGUCUUCUUACGGUGGUCGUUCUUCUCUUACUGAUCGUUUACAAAUGGCUAGACAAUCUGGUCCACCUGCACAAUCUAAUUAUCAACGUCGUCAUCAGUCAUCAUCUGGAGGGCAUUUUCAGCAAUCUCAAUACUCAGGUCAACAGCAGCAUGGACAAAUGAUGUAUCCACCAUAUGAAGAUGCUUCUCAAUAUCAAGGUUUCAAUUACCAACAUGGGAGUCAAGACUACGGAUAUCAGGAUGGAGGAUCUGGAGACUAUGUUGAUAAACAUCAGACAACAAGAAGAGAGAUAAACCAUCAAUUAGCAGAUUAUGAAGGGACGUUAAGACAUCUUGAUCAUGUGAUGAAAACUCUGACUUUAGAUCCCGGACGAUUCGACGCGCUGUUAAAUCGUCUUGUGAAUAAUUUAAAACCGUAUUUGGAUCAACCUAGCCAAUCGCAGGAAAUCGCUAGUAUGAUUAUUCAACAGUCAAUCAACGAAACGAACUUUCGAUACAGUGGUGCAAGAAUUUGUACGAGUCUUGUUGCUGUCACUCCCUCUGAGGUUUCUCCUUCUAUUUUCAAAGAUAUGCUACUAACACGUUGUCAGGAGCAAACAGAUUCGUUGUCAACAACUUGGCAGCAAGCAAAAAAUCACAGUGACAUGGAGGAAAAACAAUGUCACGGUUUGAUAUUAUUCCUCGCUGAAUUGGUCAUUCAAAUGGAGUCUUCAUUUGCUGUUUCGUUGGGUAAAUUAUUAGUGCAACUUAUAUCCGGCGUUCUAAUAAAUCCAACUCCAAACUCUGCCAAAAAUAUCUGCCAAGCAUUGAAGUUAGCUGGACCAACACUGGAAAGUGAUUCAAGCAGCAAGAAAGAAAUGGAAUUCGUGAUGCAGAAAUUAACAAAACUCGUCACCGAAGGCUUCGUUGAUUCACACGUGGGACGAAUGGUGCAGGGCGUAAAUAAUUUACGAAACGAUAAUUGGGGCAAUUCCGUGAAACCCGAGACGGAAAUAAAUACUGAAUCAGCGAUCCAACAGCCUAAUGAGCCGGUCUUUUACGGGCCUGAUGGAAAUAUUCUAUCCGCUGAAGAGAGCAAAUUUUUACAAGAAAUUUCCGAGAAUGCUCCAGACUUAGAAGAGUAUGACACUGAUACUGAGCUUGAAAACGAGUUGGCAAAAUGGGACGACGAAGAAGAUGAGCUUACUUCAGCUUACGAAGAAUUUUUGAAUAUGAGUAAUAAUACAUGUCGAUAGUUGAUUUACCGAUCCAGGCCAUUAUAUUAAUUAUUGGAGUGAAAAUAUUUAUUUUCUACAUAAGUGCAAGCUGAAAUUUAUUAAUUUCUUUAAGAAAGUGUAUUAUUCAGAGGGUGUCCUUUUUAGUAAUUUUUUUAAUUUCAAAGAGACUAAAAGGUAUGUGUAGUGCUAAAACAGCAAAUUAGACGAAAUAAAUGCAUCAGUCAUAAAUUAUACAUAAUAUAUUAUGGGGAAAAAAAAGUACCAGUUGAUUUGAUUUUGAAAAAUAAACCUUUUUUUUGUAUUCAGAUUCAUUUUCUUUCAAUCGAAACAAAACAAUUUGUCACUUUAACUUCACAAUUACAUUAUACACACGUAUUAUAAUUCUAUAUUUGUAGAUUAAUAUUAUAAUUUACAAUAUUGGAAAUUAUUUAUAAGUUGUAAUUAAACAUUUAUUAUAAAUGCAAA